AUGACUGAUAACACUCGCAACCCCCUCACGGCACUCAACGAUGGAUCGGAGACCUUUGAUCCGGGAGAUGCUUCUCGGAUUUCUAGCCACGACACCGAAUUUGCGGCUCUGGAUCGCCUCACUCAGUCAGCUAGCAAGCGCCCAAAGACUCUCAAGCGAGUUGGAGACCCAUUAGACAAACCGAGCCCGUCGGUUCAACAACAGCCACCGGAUUCUGCCCAGGAGCCGCCGCCACGAAAAUGGACCUUUAAGGACAUGGUCAAUAAGCACAGACAACAUGUGGAAAUGGAUCCCGAUGAUAAAGGUAAGGCUACGGAGGGUGACGAGGACGUGACCGUCGACCUCUCUCAAUCAAUGCCCGAAAUUUCAAUUGCUAAGCGGUUCUUUGAUGAAAUUAACAAAGACUGGAAGAAUGCGGGUUUAUCAACUUCUAAUUUGUUGAUUCUUCCUAGUAUGUGA